GUAGGAGCUUCGUGUGCGGGUAGCGGGAUGCGUCAUCGUCGCGUUGCCGCAGACUCAUACGGGGCUUCCAAAGUGCUGCAAGCGUGAUGAGCUAAAUCAUAUCUUACCCUUGCUUUACUUGUCCAUCAUGAGCUCCGUGGCCGAGUGAAGCGCUUCGGAUGGAAGACCAAGGCCGCGCGAAAUCAACUGACGAGGCCUGUGUUCAUUCAAGAGGGGACGACGACCUGUGCAGGAGCACAGAGGCGGAAAUUUGCAAACCUGGACCACACUCGCGCUCAAGAAUGGUCUGGUAGUCGCUAUUCAUCCACGCGCUGCUAUCUUCAAACACUCGACAUUAUGCUUUUACCCAAGAGCUAGCUGCCGCUGCAAGAUGACGACGAUCAAAUCAAAUCGCCGGAAGUGUGACUUAAUAAAUUGCUGAAGGUGGAAUCGGCAUGUCACAACAAGCAAUGUUGCAAGGCUGGUAGCAAUUCAUCAAGACAUCAACUUCGCUUGCGCGCUGCCAAAGUAAUAGACGAGUCCAGCAACGUCCACCACCUCAGCCAUCGUAUCCAAGAAUGCCACCACUUUUGCAUGUGAUGCGCCAUGGGCAAGGCUUUCAUUCUGCUGAAGUCAACAAGAAUGGCCACUUGAUCAGAGAUCCACACCUCACAGACAAGGGCAAAGAACAGUGCAGGCAGGCAUGCCGCGCUUUCGAGCGACACCAACAGGUCGAACUGCUUCUCGCCUCUCCGAUGCGCCGAGCUAUUCAAACCUGUCAAAUCGCUUUCGAGCCGUGCAUACAACGAGGGGUCAAAAUUCUCGCCCUGCCAUAUGCAGAAGAAGUCUCCGAGGCACCUUCGGACACAGGCAGUAAUGUUGAAGUCCUAGAGGAAGAAUUCGGGCAUGGAGUAGAUUUUCACUUCGUCAAUGAUGGCUGGUGGAAGCAUGAAGGUGACUACGCAACGGAUCCUAAGGCCGUGAAUGCGAGAGCUGCGAAACUUCGAGGCUGGAUUAAAGCGCGGCCGGAGAAAGAGAUUGCGUUGGUCAGUCAUGGUUUUUUCAAUCAUUUCUUGACUGGAGACGUCGAUGACAAAGGGCAGCAGACGACACCAUGGUGGAAUGAAGCAGAAAUGCGAUCGUACACCUUUUCCGAGCAGGACGAUGAGUUGGCCAUGAUCCAUGAGACCCAAGGCAGUUUGAUCGGGCGAGGAGGUCACGUCGAAGAUGGCAAGCACGCAUGUGUAAAGCUCAAUCUGCCUGCAGAAAGAAGCAAGCAGCCGAAUCAGCCCUACACGACUGUUGAGUCCCCGAGCUGAAGUAGGUCGAUUCGGGCAUAUAUGGUGUUCCGAGAGGGAGUAAAAGAGCGAGCCAACGAUUGCGCCUGGCGUAGCUCUCGCGGUAAGGUGGUCGUCAGAGCAUCAGACGAUAUGGACAUCUCAGAACGCAUUGUCACGUGAAAGUCGCUCUGCAGUUUGCAACAUAUAUACUGCCGGUAGAAUGUCGUGUGAUCUCCGCCG